CAAUUCAAUUCUGGAGGGUUUAUCAGUCUCUGCGAGCGUGUUCAUCGAGAGGUUUCUGCCUUGAUCCAGAAUAAGAGCGAGAGAGAAUGAGAAGGUAUCGAUCCACGAUUUUAACUCUUUUCGUUUUCAUUUUCUUUCUUGGUUUCGAUUUCAGCCACGCACUGUAUGGGGCCUCGUCUCCAGUUCUUCAACUAACUCCUUCCAACUUCAAGUCGAAGGUAUUGAACUCAAAUGGCAUCGUUCUAGUCGAGUUUUUUGCACCAUGGUGCGGUCAUUGUCAAUCCCUCACGCCUGUAUGGGAGAAAGCAGCUACUGUUUUGAAAGGAGUUGUUACGGUAGCAGCUCUUGAUGCAGACGCGCACAAGUCACUUGCUCAGGAAUAUGGCAUUAGAGGAUUUCCGACCAUAAAAGUCUUUGCGCCUGGAAAAUCUCCAGUAGACUAUCAAGGAGCUCGGGAUGUUAAACCCAUUGCCGAAUUUGCUCUGCAACAGGUAAAGGCUCUUUUGAAGGAACGUCUAAGUGGAAAAACAGCAGGAGGAGGGUCAAAUGAGAAAUCAGAACCUAAUGCUUCAGAAGAGUUGAAUUCUCGCAACUUUGAUGAGUUAGUGAUAAAAAGUAAAGAUCUCUGGAUUGUGGAGUUCUUUGCUCCUUGGUGUGGACACUGUAAACGAUUGGCUCCAGAGUGGAAGAAGGCUGCUAAGAAUUUGAAGGGGAAGGUUAAAUUGGGCCACGUAGAUUGUGAUGCCGAGAAGUCUCUAAUGAGCAGGUUCAAUGUUCAAGGAUUCCCCACCAUCUUGGUAUUCGGUGCUGACAAGGACACCCCAGUUCCUUAUGAGGGUACAAGAACUGCGUCAGCAAUCGAGUCAUUUGCUUUAGAGCAGCUAGAUACAAAUGUUGCACCCCCAGAAGUGACGGAGCUGACUGGUCCUGACGUGAUGGAAGAGAAAUGUGCCUCGGCUGCCAUAUGUUUUGUAGCUUUUCUGCCUGACAUUUUGGAUACCAAGGCCGAAGGAAGGAACAAGUACCUCGAGCAAUUGUUGUCAGUUGCAGAGAAGUUCAGACGAAGCCCCUACAGCUACGUUUGGGCAGCUGCUGGUAAGCAACCAGAUCUCGAAAAGCGCGUUGGAGUUGGUGGAUAUGGAUACCCUGCUUUGGUAGCUUUGAAUGUGAAGAAAGGAGCAUACGCCCCCCUUAAGAGCGCAUUUGAGCUCGCACAUGUUGUGGAGUUUGUAAAAGAAGCUGGCCGUGGAGGAAAAGGGAAUUUACCACUUGAAAGCUCCCCCGAGAUCGUGAAGACCGAGCCAUGGGACGGUAAAGACGGGGAGGUAAUCGAAGAGGACGAGUUCUCACUCGAAGAGCUUAUGGGAGGUGGUGAAGAUGACAGUGUGAGCAAGGAUGAGCUAUGAACAAAUUGAAGUUUUUUUAGUAAGUAGUGAAGGAGAACGUCUGAAUUAAGAUUAUGAUUUCUGAGGUUAAUGGGGACAGUUUGCUGUUCGUCUUCCUAAUUUAAAUUUAAAUGACGUUUCACUUUCAUGGUUGAA